AGACAGCGCGAAAAAGGUUUAAAUCAACACCGGUCCGAAAGUGGGGAAGGGGAAGGGAAAAUGGCCAGCGAAAGGAUUUUGAUGAAACAAGGCGCCGAAGCAAAAUUGUACAAAUUUAGCUUCUAUGGAAAACCAUGUAUUGUUAAAGAACGUUUUAAGAAAACAUACAGACACCCAACUCUCGACGCAUCGUUAACCUCGCAGAGAAUGAAAUCUGAAGUGCGAGCAAUGCUCCGAAGCCGAAUGUGCGGUAUUUUUACACCAACAGUUUACUUUGUAGACAUGGUGAACAACAGUAUAUAUAUGGAGGAGGUGCACGACUCCCAGACAGUCAGAGACUAUAUCAUGAACAUUCAGAAAGAAAUUCCUGAUAUCAAUUUAGCAAUGACUGUCCUAGAACCCCUUGGAAAGAAAAUUGGUGAAAUUUUAGGUGUCAUGCACAAAAAUAAUAUCAUUCAUGGUGACCUAACAUCUUCCAAUAUGCUGCUGAAGGGGCAACCGUCAUCUUUCAAUAUUGUUAUGAUAGAUUUUGGCCUGAGUCACUUUGAAAAUAUGCCAGAGGACAAAGGUGUUGAUUUGUAUGUGUUGGAGCGAGCCUUGCUGAGUACACAUCCUAACACAGAGAAAGUGUUCCAGGUUAUACUUGAUGCUUACUGUGUCACUAACAAAGAUGGAGCCAAGGAGGUCCUCAAUAAGCUGGAGGAAGUGAGAAUGAGAGGAAGAAAGCGUACCAUGGUGGGAUGAAGUAAUCUUCUCACUGAGUGUUAAAACCUUGAACUACAGAUAUAGUAUAUGAAUUAACUUAUCAUGUAAGUUGGCAGCAAAAACAUUACUGUAAAGAUUUACAAAACUGACAUGACAUGAAAUUGAGUUUUGUUAUUGAUUUUUUUGUGAUCAUUAAAAUCAGCUACUAAAACAGCAUAAACCAUUUUUCUACC